AGAAGGGCGUUACAUUAAAGUGCACCACCAUAAAAGCACAAAGUUGAAGCCAAUAAGAAUGCUUGUGGCCUAAGAAGGGAAUUUUUGCAUUACCCUAAAGCGUUUAUCACACAAUUGAUGUUUGUUUAGUAUUUUUAGAUAAACCCAAGCGCUAUAAGUGCUUCAUAUUUGUAGGACUAAGAGCACGUUUUGGGGAAGUAGGCGGCGUGCAUUAAUAAAUUUAAAGAGACUAGGAGAAGGUGCGCAGAAAGUGAAGACAAUGAAUGAUCAGAACAUUGCAAAAUCACGAGAAUUGUAUGGACACGCAAAGAGGGGGCAAUGGAAGGACGUGAUUGACAAGUAUAAGGAGUAUAAGGAAGUGUUUGAGAAUGAGGAUUAUAAGGAAGUGCUUAAGAAGUAUAAGGAGAAUAAGGAAGUGCUUGAGAAGUAUAAGGAAGUGCUUGAGAAGUAUAACCCGAAGCUGAACCGACGGGGCGACACGGUGCUGCAUUUGGCUGUGAUUGACAAUCAAGAGGCAAUAGUGGAAGAACUUGUGAAAAUCGUUGAGGUUCUAGAGAUUACAAAUGAGAGUGGAAACAAUUCUCUCCACCUUGCUGCAAUGAUGGGGAGCGUAAGAAUGUGCGAAGCCAUUGCUUCAAAGCAUAAUGGGUUGGUGGACAGGAGAAACAACGACGACAAAACACCUCUGUUCUUGGCGGCUGCGUAUGGCAACAAGGACGCCUUUUUUUGCCUUUACAAUUUUUGCAGAGACGACGCCUCUCGAAUCUCCGCCAACUGCAGAGUGAAGCAGGAUGGAGACACCGUGUUACAUAACGCCCUCAGCGAUGAGCACUUUGAUUUGGCGUUCCAAUUAAUUAACAUGCACAAGGAGGCUAUAAGCUGGGUGAAUGAGGCAGGCCUAACCCCUAUCCAUGUUCUAGCCAGAAAGCCAACUUCCUUCAAAAGUGGUAGCCACAUCAAAGGAUGGCAGCACAUCGUGUAUCACUGCUCAUUUGUGAAACCACUACAGCCUCGAUCAUUUGAGAAGCUGAAGCAAGAGUCGGAGCGAAGUACGGAGAAAGCAAAAGAGACAGCUCCUCCUUCCCCUUUUCCGGUUAACUACCAGACAUGCAUCCACUUUUUUAGGGGGAUGAAGGAUAUAAUUUUGACAGCCUGCCAUUUCAAAUGCCACAACAACAAUGACACGAACAAUGAUGGAGACGGGAAGAAGAAUAUUGCCAAAAAUGAUGGAGACAAGAGGAACGGAGACUUGGAAGAACAGAAGCCUCUGAACACUAAAUCAGCCACAGAGCCCCCAACUACAGACUUCCCCGUAAACUACACCACUUGCAUCGAUUUUUUUCAUAUUGCCUUCUCGGCCAUCAUGAUCAUUCUUGGGUUCGGAUCCACUGAAAUCAAAAAGAUACGGAAGAAAAAGGAGAAACACACCUGGUCGGUUCAAGUGAUGGCGAAACUUCUUGAAUUGGCUGAGCCCGACAAAUAUACAGAGGAUGGAAACAGUCCCAUGGAUUCCAAAUUUCGUAACGACGAAGAAAAUGGAGUUACGCUUCCUUACAACUUUGUAGAUAAUGAGGUCCAAUUCAGUAAUUUCUUCAAGGAACCAAAAGAAUUAGAGAAGCCCCAAGACGUGGAAGCAACCGAGUCGGCGAUGUUAUUAGCAGCAAAGAAUGGAGUGGUUGAGAUUGUGAAGGGAAUGUCCAGUCGUAUUCCGCUGGCUAUCUAUGAUACUAACAAAGAUAAGAAGAAUGUGGUGCUGUUGGCUGCGGAGUACAGGCAGCCGGAGGUGUUCAGGUUUUUACUCAAGGAAACAAAAUUGAUAGAAAGCCUGUUUCGAGCCGUGGAUGAUAAUGGUAACAGUGCGUUGCAUCUGGCAGCCACCUACCCAAAGUCUAUGAUUUGGCGCAUCUCUGGAGCUGCACUGCAGUUGCAAUGGGAAAUUAAGUGGUAUAAGUUCGUUAAGGAGUCUAUGCCACUCUUCUUUUUUAGCCAGUACAACAAGGAGGGAAAAAAUGCAGCCACAAUCUUCCGUGAAACCCAUAUGGGUCUGGUGAAAAGGGCUGGAGCGUGGCUGACUAAAACCUCCAAGUCAUGCUGUGUGGUGGGUACCCUGAUUGUAACCGUGGCUUUUACUUCCGCGGCCAGCAUCCCAGGUGGGUUUAACCCCAGCAGCGGCACCCCUUUUCUUGAAACACAGACACCCUUCUUAAUCUUCGCCGUCUUUUCCCUCAUUGCCCUCUGCCUCUCUUCAACCUCAGUCACCAUGUUUCUAGCCAUCUUGAGCUACAGGUUUGAUACCUAUGAUUUCAGAACAAACUUGCCUUCCAAACUCUUGAUCGGCCUUCUCUUACUUUUCCUUUCCAUCAUCUCCAUGUUGGUUUCAUUUUGUGCGGGCCACUACUUUCUUAUGCAUCGCCACAUUCGACACAAUAUUGCUCUGCUCUACACAUUUGUUUGUCUCCCCGUCGCAUUCAUCUAUCUUCUAGCCAAGUUUCAUCUCUACAUGGAUAUGCUGCUCACAUUUUUCAAAAAAGUGCCCAGCAGGAGCGCAGCAUCGUCCUAUUUGAUCCGCUAGCACCCCACAUUCCUGGGUGGAGGCAGUGCUAUCAAGAAUUAUCCAUUUUCGGCGGUGAUUGGGUUUGUUCCUGUGCCAGGAACCAAACACAGAUAUGUUUAAUAUGUAUUUUGAAUCCUUCCAAGGGUUGUUUUAAAAUAUGAAAGAUUAUGCAGACGACAUUAGUUUAGAGAUGAUCAUCUCCCAGGAGAGAGUGUUUAAUUUCCUAAACAUCUAUUUUAAAAUGUGUUCUCUCAUAGUUUCGUACCACAACAAUUAUGUUCCUUGGGUAUAAGUUCCCAAAUUUUGUGUCACCGGCGAAUCUUCCACCAACUCUUUCCAAUCUCUAUUGUAUAACCUCUGUCGUCCGUUCAUCUCCUACUAGAGAGUUUGUAUAAUACCCUCUGUCGUUCGUUAAUCUCCUACUAAAGAGUUUGUAUAAUAACCUCUGUCGUCCGUUAAGCUCCUACUAGAGAGUUUG